UUAUAAUAGGGAAACCAGAACUCUGUGAUCUAACCAAGGUUCGACACAAGUUUUUUGACAGAAAAAUAGAGAAAAAUUUUGGAAUGGGCCCUGAACAAGGUGUUGCUGUCCAGUGGAUGGUAACAGGAGGUUCCAGGAUUUUGACCCAGCAGUGGUGAAGGAAUGGCAGAUAGAUGCUCAAGUCAAGACGUGUGUGACUUGGAGAGUUACUGGAAUUCAUGUGAACAUGUUGAAGAGAAAGAAGCCUCAUAGGAAGCGUACCAAAGCAGACUCAAGUGACCCAGUUGCCUAUAAACAGCGCAGUAUUGUUGGCAGUAAAGUGCAGCAUGGAUGGAGGGAGAAAUCGGGAGUGGUUACCCAGUGGAAGGGCACAGUGCUGGACCAGCUGCCAGUUAACCCCUCGCUCUUCUUGGUCAAGUAUGAUGAAUUCGAUUGUGUGUACGGGAUCGAACUUUUCAAAGAUGAGAGAGUCUCAAGUCUUGAAAUUCUGCCCGAUAAAAGUGGUCGAACGAAAAUAAUGGACGGUGAUCUGGCAGAGCUCAUAGUGGGAAAAGCGGUCGAACACAUGUUUGAAAAGGACGACGGAUCGAAGAACGAAUGGAGGGGGAUGGUAUUAGCACGUGCGCCUGUCAUGACUACAUGGUAUUAUAUCACAUAUGAAAAGGACCCUGUUCUGUAUAUGUACCAGCUACUGGAGGAUUACAAAGAGGGAGAUCUCCGUAUCCUGCCAGAUUCAGAGAACAAGCAAGUUUUGCCAACUGAGCCUGGUGAAGUGAUCGAAAGUCUUGUGGGAAAACAGGUGGAGUAUGUCACAGAGGACAGCACAAAGAGAACGGGAUUGGUGAUUCACCAAGUGCAGGCUAAACCAUCCGUCUAUUUCAUCAAGUUUGAUGACGAUUUUCACAUUUAUGUGUAUGACUUGGUCAAAACUUCCUAGCUGCAUGCAACGCUUGCCAUUGCCUUCACUAAGAGAUUUUUACUGUGAACUGUGAGCAGAUCACUGAAGAGACUUGUGUUCUUUAUGUUAGCCCUCCAUGUGUUUAUUUUUAAGACUUUGAAAGGUGAAAUUUUACCCGUCUCCCUUUUAUAUCUCCGGCAAUUGGUGCAGCAUGGUGUUUGUCGUGCCUGCCAUAGUGACCAUUACAGCUUUCAUGGUUAUAACGCUGACUGUGAGGCCAAAGGAAAGGUCUUUCACUAUACAGUUCUCUGGUCCCAGCACUAUAGGACACCCUGUACCUACCUUGUGUGGAUUGUCAGUUUCCGGUGAGAUCUUUUUUAGCUGGGAAGCCUCCUAGUGAUGGAGCAUCUUGCCUCGAGUGGGCAAAUGUGACUAUGGCCAUUUUGGGCUACAGCAAGCACGUUCCCAGUGGCUGGGUUUGGAAGGCCCCUUACUGAAAAAAUGGAAACCUUUGAUAUGAUGAUGGUAUUGUGUUUGGUGGGGGGGGUGGGUUUGCUGGUGCUUGAAAAAGAUUGACUAAAUUGGAUAGAAGAAUCCUAUUUUAAAAGUUGGUUGAAAAGAUCCUGAAUUAUUUAAAGGAUUCAUGUUUCAUUUUAAUAUGUGGGGUUUAUCUGAGACUGAAACUGUUUUCCAAAUUAUGGCAAAGGAGUAAAUUUAAAGAAACCAUAGGACAAAGCUCUUGGGAAAGGAAUUACGUGAAGAUACCCUUUUUUAAAAAAAAAACGGCUGAUUUCAUGUUAACUGUUUUGUGACAAUAUUUUCUGAUUUGCCGUGACCUCUGUCUGGCAUGAUCCACACAGUCAGUGGCUCCCUUAUGAUAUAGAUUACCAUGUAAAGCAUUCAUUUGUUAUGACGCACUUUUUCUAUGGCUCCAUAGACCGCAGAUAAAGGUCUGCUGUGUGUUUGUGUGUACAUGUGUGCAUAUGUGUGUGUGUCAUAUCUACCAUACUCAGGCUAACAGAAAGAAUAUUGUCUCUUUGAUGUGCAAACUUUGCAAAACUCAUCAGAUAUCGAAUCUGUCUUUAUUUUGUGUCUUCUGCUUUGUUUUACAAAAGUAAAGGCAAAUAACUAAGUAGA